GAUCCUAUACAUUUGGAUCCAAUAGGUACUUGUAAAUUUUUGGUUCGGGUUUGGAUGGGUUUUUCUCGGGUCCGGAUCGGUACAGGUCUAAAAUUAAAAUACCUAUAAAAUAUCCGUAAUUUUUGGGUUCAUAUCGGGUCCGAUCGGGUUCGGAUAUUUAGGAUCUUAAAAAUAUGAAAUAUCCAAAUCCUAUCAAAUUUAGUCGAAUAUGUCAUAUAUAUCUAUAAUUUUACAAAAUAAUUUAAAAUAAUUUAAAAUAAUAUAUUAAUAAUUAAAUUAAAACAUUUCUAAACUCUAAAUUUUACAUUUAAAACUUCAUAUUACUUGAAAAUGUUACAAAAAUAAUAACAAAGAUUGUUAACAAAAAGAUAUUUCAACUAAAUCAUAAAAUACAAUAUAGAAAAUAGAAUAUCAAAAAUUAUAGUUUUGUCAUGUUUUCAAGUCGGAUAUGAUCGGUUUUUAUUGGGUCGGUUUUACUCUGAUCGAUUUUUUGGGUCCGGAUCUACUCGGGUCAGUUUUUUCGGUUCCAAUUUUUUAGGGUAGAAGAAUUUUGGACCCAAUAAAUACUUGUAAAUUUUUGGUUCGGUUUCGGAUUAGGUAUUCGGUUUGGGUUUUUGGGUCCGGGUAAAAUGGCAGGCCGAAAUCAUCUAUAAAAUUGUUUGAAACUUAUUAAAUAGGUUUGAAUUUGCCAUCUAGUUGACUUUCUACCCCCACCAGCUAACAAUCUUCAUUUCUAAGACCAUUUACAAUGGUCAGUUGAAAAAAAGAAAUUCAACGGUUGAAUAUAGUGCAAUAGAAAGUUAUAUAAAAAAUUAUCAUUUUUAAAACUCUACAAAUAGAACCUUAUUUUAUUUAAUUUGAACAUAUCAAAAAUCUAUUUUUAUAAAAAAAUGAAAUAAUACGUGUAAAAGAAAAUGCUGAUGUGGAAUUGUCAAAAUAAAAUUAGGGUGUUGAAUAUGCUUUACCAUUGUUAAUAGUCUAAUGUAUUACUUUAAAUGAAAGUCAUUUUCAUUAUAUAUAUUAAAAACGAUCUACCUAGUGUAAUCGUGCUGAGGUGAUAAAUAAUGACUUUUUACGAUCUACCUACCAUCGGUGAGAAGUUGUACGUCUCAAACAUUCUUCAUAAAGCUUGCAUUGAGGUGGAUGAAGAGGGAACUGAAGCUGCAGCCGUUUCUGUUGGCGACAUAAGGUUCCUAUGUUUGAGGAAAAAUCCAGAUUUCAUAGCUGACCAUCCAUUUCUAUUUACGGUGAGAGAAGACAAGAGUGGAGUGAUUUUGUUCAUGGGUCAAGUUCUUGAUCCUUCAAAACAUUGAUUCAGUUGCUGAUGGCAUGGGAGGGAAACAUUAAGUCAACAAUUUUUUUUUUUUGUAACAGUCAACAAUAUGUUUUAUUCUAUAUAUUUUGUUGUAUCUAUCAUAUACUAUUUUUUGUGAUAAAUUGGGUUUGUAAAGCUAGCAACUGACUUUGCUGGUUCUGUCUUUUUGCUAAUUUUUUAGUAAUAAAGUUAUUUGGUAGUCGAAGAAAAAAUAACGUCUUCCAGAUGAUCGUCUAGUUUAUCCUAUACCAAAAUUUACACCAGAAAUUUAUCAUAUAUCUGAAGCAGAUAUUAGGCUAGGGUUAUUAAAGUUCGGGUCCAGGGUUCGGAUUCGGUUUAGGUCGGGUCCAAGACCCGCGGGUUCUCCAUAAUGAGACCCAAUGGAGGUAAAAUGACAUUAUUGGUACCCGAUCUGAACCGGUUUUUUCAGGUCUGUUUCGGUCCGGUUAAAAUGCUCAGAUCCAUCAUCCGCUGAUAGAAAAUAACCCUUGUUUUCAACCUUAUACGUUUCAAAUCAAUCCUUUUAUUAGGAGUUAGUAUGGAAUGAAAAACAUGUAUCAAUUAUCCAUGAAUUUCUGUGAUUUCUUGUGAAAGCCGAAAAGUGAUGUUUGUGAUGGGUUAAUUUCAAUUCACUUUUUAAAGACUUUGCCUAUCGUGUUGUAACUCAUCUGUUUAUCUUCUCAUCACUUGGUCAACAUUUUUUAUAAUACGAGACUUUUCAAACCGUUGUAUUGAAGUAUUCAAAUCAAGAUUAAUUUUUCAGUUGGUUCGAUCAUUAACAUAUAAUAUCCGUUUCGUGAGACCAUGUAUCGCUUACAUAAUUACAUCUACCAGUUGAUGUAUAAGAAUAAUACUAACAAAAUAUGAAUCAUCUGAGUAAAACAUUUUAAAACAAGGUUUAACUCUCCAUCCAGUACAGUUGAUUGACUUUCUACCGCACAACUCUUUGUUUUCAAUUCAGUCAAAUACAAAAAAACAACUAUCUGUAUUUUAUUCGAUAAUUUAAAGUUUGUUUUCAAUAUACUGACAAAGUCAUUUUCAGAAAAUAUUAAGAUAGGUUCUUAAUUUGUAAAUGUGCUGGAGGUAAUGAGUCGAAGACUGUUCAACUUUUCUGAAACUUUGAAAACAAUAUAUAAUAAUAAAUUACCCCUGUAUAUAUAUUUACAUCCAUUCUAUACAUUAUCAAAUCGUCCGGCACUUUCUAGGCUGAAAAAAAGCUAUAAAAAAGAACAUGGAGAAGCAAAACGACGUUGUGGUAAGAUUAGCAAAACACGUCAUCGAUACCGUCGCUGACGGCUCCAACCUCGUCUUCUCGCCAACGUCAAUCAAUCUUUUGCUCAGCAUCAUUGCCGCUGGUUCGUGUGCCGCCACCAAAGAACAAAUCCUCUCCUUCCUCAUGUCACCAUCAACAGAGCACCUCAACACUGUCUUGACAGAGAUAGUAUCGGUUGCCUUAGCCGAUGGCAGCGAGAGAAAUGACUUGAGCUUAUCUACAGCUAAUGGUGCCUGGAUUGACAAAUCUCUACCCUUGAAGCUUUCCUUUAAAGAGCUUUUGGAGAACUCCUACAAGGCUACUUGCAGCCAGGUUGACUUCUUUAACAAGCCUGCGGAUGUAAUUGAUGAAGUGAAUACAUGGUCUGAAGAUCACACCAGUGGACUCAUCAAGCAGAUUCUUUCAAAGGAUUCCAUUGAGGAUAUCCGUCAAAGCACACUAAUACUUGCAAAUGCAGUGUACUUCAAAGGAGCUUGGAGCGAAAAGUUCGAUGCAAGGUUUACAAAAGAUAAUGAUUUUCACCUUCUUGAUGGCACCUCUGUGAAAGUCCCCUUUAUGACCAGCCAUAAGGACCAAUACCUAAGACGCUAUGAUGGUUUCCAAGUUGUGCGCCUCCCUUAUGUAGAGGAUCAACGACAAUUCUCCAUGUACAUUUAUCUUCCUGAUGCUAGUGACGGAUUGCCUACUCUCCUUGAGAAAAUAGGCUCCGAACCAGGAUUUCUUGAUAACCAUAUUCCAGACUACCAAAUUGAAUUGGAUGCUUUUAGAAUUCCAAAGUUUAAGUUUACUUUCGAUUUCAAAGCGUCAGAUGUUUUGGAGGAUAUGGGGUUAACUUGCCCGUUUAAGUCUACUGGAGGCGGUCUAACUUAGAUGGUUGAUUCACCUAUUGUCGGUGCGAAAUUGUAUGUCUCAAACAUUCUUCAUAAAGCGUGCAUUGAGGUGGAUGAAGAGGGGACUGAAGCUGCAGCCGUUUCUGUUGGUGUCAUACGACUCCAGUGUUUGAGGAAAAAUCCAGAUUUUGUCGCUGACCAUCCAUUUCUUUUUACGGUAAGAGAAGACAAGAGUGGAGUUAUUUUGUUCAUGGGUCAAGUUCUUGAUCCCUCAAAACAUUGAUUCAAUUGCUGGUGGCGUGGGAGAAAACAUUAAGCCAAUAAUAUGUUUUAUUCUAUAUAUGUUGUUGUAUGUAUUAUUUGUGAUGAAAUUGGGUUUGUAAAGCUAGCAACUGAAUUUGCUGGUUCUGUCAGUUUUUCUUUAAUAAUAAAGUUGUUUGGUAUAGUAGAAAAAACCACUAACCCUGAGGUAUUGGGUUUGUACCACUAAUCAUGUUAGCAUUGUUAACAUGAGGUAUGAACUCUUUUGUUCAAAAUUUGUGAAGGUGAUGUUUAUUGGAAAAACCAUUUACAGAACUGAAGUGAAAAAACCACUAACCCUGAAUCCAAACUACUUCAUUCUCAUACAUUUUUGGUUGAGUUAUUCUUGGGUUCACCCCCUAGGUUCACCAACCAAUAGAAAAUUAUCAUUUUAAAUCUAGUAUCUUUU